GCGAAAAGUACAGCGAACAUUGCUUAGGUCGGAUCCAGGACUGUCCGCCUUCACGUUUGUCGACGCAGGAUUUAUACAUGCAGGCCUGUGAAAAAUAACACACAAACCCAAGGUGCAGGCAGCUGUGCGCAUGCGCACAGCCUCCGGCGCCUGCCUUCGCAGACAUCACCAUCCUCUCAGGUUGAAAGGAGCAUCCUCGUCCGCCAGGAGGAAUCCGGUUUGUUUGCUUUUGUUUCGGCGCCUCUUCUUCCUCCUCUUCCUCCUCCUCCUCCUCCGCCGCCGCUGCUGCUGCGAGCUCGGACACCAGCAGUGCGGAAGCAGAAGCCAUAAGAUGAAGAAACGCUAUGUGGACGCGAACAGGCUCCGGAAGAUGAAAAAACUGAAAAUCACGGAGAAGCUGUCUGAGAGCGCGUACACCUUCGUGAAGUUCAUGGUGAUGUGGACGCUGGUGCUGCUGGCAGAUUUCAUCCUGGAGUUCAGACUGGAGUACUUGUGGCCGUGCUGGCUCUUCUUCGGGAGCGUGUACACCACUUUCCACUGCCACGGGCUGGUCAUUUGUGUUGUUUUUGUUUGUGCCGCCUUCACUCUGGACAUCUUUUGUUUAAUCUUUGUUCCUUUGCACUGGCUGUUUUUUGUGGCCAGCACCUACGUGUUAUUCAAUUAUAUAUGGCACACAGAAAAGGGCAUCUGCAUUUCAACAGUGUCCCUGUGGAUCCUUCUCGUGUACACAGAGGCUUCCCUUCGACUCAAAGAUCUUAAUUCUUCUUAUCCCAAUCUGUCUCAUCUUUUUGCUGCACACUGCAUCGGGUACCCCGUGGUUUAUCUGGGGUUCGAUGCCACCUGCUACUUCACCAACGUCUUCAAGCUGCGCAUUCAGAAGGCCGUGCAGAGCGAGAACGACUUUCACAUGCACCUCCUUCAGCACUCGCUCCCGCCAGGUUUGCAGUUUUACUCCAAAACUGGCACAGAUGGCAGCAGCACCUCUAAAUGGAAAACCAGGCCUGAGUCGGGUCAGUAUCAGUGUCAGAAUGGUGCCGUGGUGGCCCACGAUGACGCACACACUGUGGACUGCCUUCAGUUAUUCAGCGAGGAGAAGCCAGCAGAGAAGGCUCCACAGGAGGCCAGGCCGGCUGAAUCAAAUCGACGGCCACCGCCGUCCAAACCCGCCGCGCCCGAGCCCAGAGAGCGGCUUCACAGUGGGGCGGGAGCGCCGGAGUCUCCUAUGAACCCCGAAAAUCUACCUCAAGAGGAGCAAGGAGGCAAAGCCACCAGAGUGGCUAAGAGCUCCUCACCGAAAGCUCGGAGAGGCAGCACAAACACUCCUUCACCGCCUGGAGGAAAGUCGGAGAAGAAGCAGAGGUCCAGCUUCAAAAGUCCCAGCAGGGAUGCAGCGGAUAAAAGUGCAGCACAGAGUUUCCACGCAGAACAGAUAAACAAGCUGGAAGCAGAGCUGCGGAGGCUAAAGGGGGACCUGCAGGCCAGUCGACAGAGUGAGCAGGAGCUGCGAAGUCACGUCUGCAACCUGACCAACAGCGAGAGGAGCCUGAGACCAGAGGUUUCCCUGCUUAGACAGUCCAACAUGCUGCUCCAGAGCAAGAUUCUGUGCUUGACUAAAGCCAAGCAGAAGGACAAGCAGACCAGCGCCAUGCUGGAGAGAAAGAGCAGAGCAGAAGCUGAGGCCAGACUCUCCGCUGAGAAACAGUUGGCCGAGCUUCACUCGCAGAAACUGGAGGAGGCGGCGAACGCGGCACGGAGUCUAACAAACAGACAGGAACACUGUGAAACCCAAAUGUUAAGGAAAAGAGUUAAAGAUCUAGAGACAGAGUACAAACAACUGCAGCUGGAGUGUCAAGUGAAAGAGAGUCGAGUGCUAGAUCUAGAGAGAGAUGUUGAGGCUUUGGGGAAGUAUCGCUGCGUGGAGAAAGAGACAGACAUGCUGCUGAAUACUCUGACAGCCAUGCAGGAGAAAGCUCAACACCUGGAGUACAAUCUGAGCGCCGAAACUCGCAUCAAGCUGGACCUGUUUUCUGCACUGGGAGACGCUCGCAGACAGCUGGAAAUCGCUCAAGAUAAAGUUAAAAAGCAGGACAGGGAGAUCCGGGAGAUGAAGCGGAAGAUCGCUGAGGUGAUGGCGGUCAGCCCCGACGUGUCGUAUGUGGCUCCUCGACCGCAGGUCCCUCAAUACCUCACCAAACUCCUCAACUCUGAACGCUACAUGCUGAAUCCCCGAGCGCUGAUGUAUCAGUGCUUGAAGAAGUGAAGGGGACGCUGCGCCGCUUUGACGUCACCUCACUCCCUCUCUCCAGGACCAGAGGAGGGCAUCACAGAGCUAAACGACACCAGAGGAGAACGUUCCAGCCUCCAAAUGUCAAAUGCCUUCUGCUGCACGCCUGGUGCUAACCUGAUCCAUUUAAGAGCUCCUCUCACCGAGGUAUCCCACACGUGGAUCUACUUUUAUCGCUAAAUUGAAGGUGUGAUGCUGGACCUCCAUGAAUCCACUUGACGGAUUUUAAUAAAAGAGUAAACUGUUAAGAUUCUGGGAAACCAAAACUGUAUUUCACUUAAAUUGUAAACAUUAUUUCUAACCAAAAGAAAACUGCUGCAGCUAGUCGAUAUUAUUAAUCACUGACACGUACGUUAAACUAUGUACAUUUUAAAAAAAAAUAUUUAGUAAAUUUCAUUAUUGAGUAUUUAAACUGUGUGAAGAAUUUCAAAUAGUAAAUUUUCAUGCGGGUUUUUAAACGGAAUUGCAGCUCCUGCUCUGCGUCAGGUUGAAGCAGCUAAAACGGAAUUCAGCCAUAAUGAUGGUGCAAACGCAACAAAUCCCAAAUGUUUGGAAUUUAAGGUGGAAAUUUUAUAGUAAAAUAAAUGUGAAAAUGUGUGAAUUUCUGCCACGAAACGACUUUAUUAAUUUAAAAAAAUAAGGAAUAUUAGGUCAAAACGAUGAUUCUCAAUGAGACAAGAGUAAGUUGCUUGUUUUGUAAAUAGGAAUUUAUUUGAAUUGUGCUGAAAUUCAGACAAAAAAAGUGAUUUUUACUGUCAAACCUGGAAUAAUUUGUGUAAAAAAAAAAAAAAGUUGGCUGCUGACUGGUCCAGGAUGCGGAGCGAAUGAUUUGUUACCAUGGUAACCCCCAAUUAAAAAGGUGUUUCACAGACAUUUAGGCAGUGAUGCUGCGCGAGGAGGCAAACUAAGCAGCUGCUGCUUCAUCCUUGGAACUAGAACACGGUUCGUGGAUUUAAAUACUGUGCCUAUAUACAUUACUUUCAAAGUUGGAAGUAAAAUUUAAUGUGAAAAGGUAACGUGUUUGAAGUGCUAUGUACUGUUUUUUUCUUUUAUCACAAUGUAGAAAAAGGAAAAAAAAAUCGUAAAUGGGAUGUGACCAUUUGGUAGCUUUUUAUUUAGAUUGUGUUUCUAAUGUGUUUUAUAUAAAAUCUAUUUUUUAGUCUUGCUGUACUUCUAUUUUACUGCUGUAUUUCUUUUCUAAGGUGUUUGUCAGCAUGUUUUGAAGACUUAUUUGAGCACAUGUUCAAGGGCUAUCAUUUCUAAACGCUAAUUCCAGCAGAUUUUGUAUGAAUUAUUUAAACGACUGAAUUUUGUCCAGUUUGUGUCUUCAGUCUAUGAUGUAAAAUUUUGAAAGAUGAAAUUUGCUUCCUAUGAAUACCUUUGAUUUUGCAACAAAAAAAAACACCACAACAUGC